CACAGCGGGACUCUGCUGUCCUGCGGUAACAUUGUUGUGGAACGACGUCACAGCUCGAAAAUGAAGGCGCAGAGGCAGCCAUUACCGGAGCUUCUCUAAUUAUUUUAUUCCAAAUAAAUACUCGCGGAAAACUCCCAUGGCAAGAGCUACAAGUCAGCUGUACGAUGUCGUGCCUAUUCAGCCCAGCGUUGUCAUUUGUACCCACUCGCAUCCAUCAAUGGUAAGGAACCACCCCGACUUAAGCAGCAGCCACUGUCCCGGCAUGGAGGGCUCGCCCUCGGAGGCCCGUGCCACCGGAGCGUCUGCCAGCGGCCAGGGCUCCGGCCUCCGUGCGCAGAAGGUGGCUCAGGCCCCUCAGCCUCGCAAGAAGAAACCGGAGGACUUCAAGUUUGGCAAGAUACUGGGAGAGGGCUCAUUCUCCACGGUUGUUCUAGCAAGAGAGCAGGUAACUGGCAAAGAAUAUGCAAUUAAGAUAUUGGAGAAGCGGCACAUCAUGAAGCAGAACAAAGCCCAGUAUGUGAAAAGAGAACGGGAUUUGAUGUCAAAUCUUGACCACCCGUUCUUCGUCAAGCUCUUCUUCACAUUUCAAGAUGACGACAAGUUGUAUUUUGGUCUCAGCUACGCAAAGAACGGCGAACUCCUAAAAUACAUUCGUAAAAUCGGUUCAUUCGAUGAGACCUGCACUCGAUUCUAUUCAGCGGAAAUCGUUUGUGCUCUAGAAUACUUGCACAGUGUGGGGAUUAUCCAUAGAGAUUUGAAACCAGAGAAUAUUCUUUUGAGCGAAGAGAUGCACAUCCAGAUAACAGAUUUUGGGACAGCAAAACAGUUGUCAUCAGACAGCAAGCAAGCGAGAGCCAACUCCUUUGUGGGAACAGCACAGUAUGUUUCACCAGAGCUGCUAACAGAGAAAUCAGCUUGCAAAAGCUCUGACCUCUGGGCAUUGGGAUGUAUUAUCUAUCAAUUAGUGGCUGGUCUACCACCGUUCAGAGCUGGAAACGAGUACUUAAUAUUCCAGAAGAUCAUAAAGCUGGAGUAUGAAUUCCCUGAGAAAUUCUUCCCCAGAGCCAAGGAUCUUGUCAAACAGCUUUUGUCACUGGACCCCUCAAAUCGGCUCGGCUGUGAGGAGAUGGGCGGCUACGACCCUUUGAAGCAACACCCCUUCUUUGACACCAUCUCCUGGAGUGACUUGCACCUGCAGACGCCGCCCAAGCUCACGCCGUACCUGCCGGCCAUGUCGGAGGACGAUGAGGACUGUUACGGAAAUUACGACGACCUCCUGAGCCAGUUCAGCAACAUGCAGGUGGCCCAGUCCAGCUCGUCGCACUCGCUGUCGCCGCACGAGUCGACGCCCCCGCAGCGCUCCAGCAGCAACAUCGAGCAAUACAUCCACGACCUGGACAACAAUUCCUUCGAGCUGGACCUCCAGUUCACUGACGAGGAGAAGCUCUUGUUGCUGGACAAACAAACCUCGGGAAAUCCAUGGCACCAGUUUGUGGAAAACAACCUGAUAUUAAAAAUGGGUCCAGUAGACAAACGAAAGGGUCUGUUUGCCCGACGGAGACAGCUGCUGCUCACCGAAGGACCACACCUGUACUAUGUGGAUCCUGUCAACAAGGUCCUGAAAGGAGAAAUCCCUUGGUCACUAGAAUUACGCCCCGAGGCCAAGAACUUCAAAACCUUCUUUGUUCACACGCCUAACCGAACAUACUAUUUGAUGGACCCUAGCGGAAAUGCCGACAGAUGGUGCAAGAAGAUCCAGGAAGUGUGGCGAAAGAUCUAUCAAAGACACCAAAAUCCCGGCCUAUAGGAGCGCUCCCGCAUCCGCUUUGGCUCGGAGGCCAAUCAGUGAGCAGAGUAACACCCUCUUUAGUGCCCUUCAUCACCGCAGUGUAAACAAACUCUUUACAGACGCUGGCAUCUAGACCUUGUUUGUUUUACUGAGUAGAAUCAUUGGGGGGGGGGGUUGGAGGCUACAACUUUGGAUUCAGGGUUGCUUUGCUUGUUCUUUGUGCUCCGUGUGAGGCUUCUGUUGCCAUCCAGUCCCGCUAAGCACAUCUGGGGUUUUUUUUCUGUACAUUCUCGGCGGAAGGUGAAAGGCAAGCUUGGGGGAACGCAGGGCCUCUCUAUCUCUCUUCUAUCUAAAAUCCAAGGACUGUUUUUCCUGAUAUACCAUCACGCAAAAAUCAUAAUUGGUGAGAAUCCCAGAAUCGAAUUCAACCGUAUCCUAAACCUGUGUCCUAUGUGCAAGCUGUAGACCCCCUCCCCCUUUAAAUUUUUUUUGCGUCGAGCACAUAUCGUCCCAUAGCUCCACCGCCUAGCGCGUGCUUGAUUCACUCGGGCGCAAUUACCAAAUUCAAAUGUAUUUUUGUAAGCAUCCACGUAUUUCCACAGUAUUUGAGUUGCUUUCUUGAACCGCGCGGUACUCGCUUCUGGCGGUCCGAUCCAAUUCCCAGCAGGGCUAACUUAGCGCCAGCCUUCUUCCACAGCUGUAAGCGACACAGGAGGCGGGGAAACGUGCCACUAGCUUGUACUUCGGAACCGUAAAGUCGCUUACCUUUUUUCUGCAUGGCCAGUCGUGUAGCGCAGCCUUGCUCCUCUCUCUCCUUCGAGCACUGGUGAUAUUACACUACCGGUAGUUUAUUCAAGUUUUUAAAAAGGUGGGUAUUUUAUUUUUAAUUUUAUUUUUUGGACUGCAUUGGCAACCAUAGCAAAUGUUACUGGAUGAUUUGGCUGUUCUGUUCACUUUGCUAUUUCUUUGUGAUGUGAAUUUUAUUUUCAUUUGUUUUCGGUGGGAUCGAUAUGCGCAUCUUUAGUGCAUCAUGUUGAAAUAUUCAAAAAAGAAAAAAAAAAAAAAAUCCUACGUGCUGACCAGAAAAUCGACUCCCAGCAGAGAUUUAAAAUACAUCAUCCUAUCGCUCUUUGAAGCAAUCACAGGUUUCUCCAGAUGGCUGCCACAACCAUUUUCUUUUGUCUCCACAUUUGCACAUUCAGCUCUGGUAGAACUUCACCCGAGUUACCUGAAACUCUUUUUUUUUUUUUUUGUGUUAUUAUUCUUUUAAUUUUGACAGAGUAUUUUCAGGUCCUUCUUUUUACCCCCCCUCUCCCAAAAGCCCCUCCUCCUUUUGGCUGAGUCUGUGUGCAGUGUGUGACUGGAAUUUAGGUGGCCCUGAGGCUCGGCGUGCGUGCGUCCAAGAAUAUCUUUAUCUGAUCAAACUAAGCGAUAAAAUUGCUGUAUCGGUCUAUAAAGAAAUUGAGGAAGCACUACGCAAGUGUUGGCCUCCUCCGCGCGGAGAAUUUGUCGGAAUCUAAUAGAGGGCGGUCGGUUACAUUGUGCGUGGAAAAGAAAACGCUCUACCUGGCUUGUAACUGACGAGAACUGUGAUGUACAGAUCAUGUAUUAUUAAAAUCCGAAGCGAGUAAUGCAAUGACAUUAGGAUACAGUUUUUGUAUUUUUAUUCUUGUAUAAGGUUAUUAGAGGGCUAUUGUUUAGCCUCUAGUUCAUUCUGUGUUAUUUAAAUUCUAAUAUAUGAAUCAUAUUUGGAUUGAAGUCAUGUUCAGGGGCCAUGUUGUGUAUGUUUUGAGAUGUAAAGCCUUUGAAUGUGAAUAAUUAUUGUAAACUAUAAUAUUUUACAGUUUUUCUUUCUUACUAUAUCAUGCAUUUUCUAUUUGCUCAGUGAUUUAAUCAUAUUCCGAUGAUAAUUUAAUGACUCUGUUCAUUCUCUCGCUGAUUGUGUGCUCUAGGUCAGUAGAUGUUGAAUGACAACUUUUCCACUUAACGCUUGGUAGUCCAGUAAUUAAAGCAUGUAGGGAAUUUAGGCAUCCGAAGAAAGCCGCGUGUCUGUUUUUCUGUUAGGUCCGCAAGUCAUGACAUGGGAAAAGAUGCAGCGUUUCACUGGCAAUGGCUUCUCACAUCCUGCAGCAUGUAAAUAAAGUAUCAGCCCACCA